UUGCUGUGCCAUCGCCAGUGUCAUCAAAUCAGCUGUUUACGUUUCUAUUUUAUUUGUUUGUCACUUACGUGCAGUUAAUUUAUCAAUUUUUUGAUUGAUUUUAAGACAUGUCCCAAUCAAUAUUACUGCGCAGUUUUCUGCUGCACAGGCGAACGGUGUUGCAGCCAACAAUGGCACGCCUGAAAUGCCUGGCAGCGUUGCAUUCCAGUGCCCAUUUAACACAACAAGCUUCUUCCAGCGGCGCUUCGGGUGGCGGCAGAGCUCUGCAAGAGUCUCGCGGUAACAGCAAUGUGUCCACAGAUGUGCGUCCCAUUGGCGAGAAGAUCAAAGAGAACACAAAGACAGCCAGUUAUACGGCCAUAAUUUUAGCCGGUCUAGGCGUUACGGGCAUUAUGUUUUAUGCCAUUUUCCGUGAGCUCUUCUCCAAGGAAAGUUCCUGCAACAUUUAUGCCACUGCGCUGAAACGUGUCGUCGACGAUCCGCGUGUGCAGGAUUCACUGGGUGCUCCGAUCAAAGGAUUCGGAGAGACGUCGCGCCGUGGACGUCGUCAGCAUGUGGCACACAACAGCUUCGAUCGUAACGGUGUACCACACAUGCGUAUGCAAUUCUAUGUCCAGGGACUACGCAAUAAGGCCACCGUGCAACUGGAGUCGCGACGGAACUCGACGGGCAAACAGGAGUUUCGCUAUUUGUUUGUGCAAUUGGAUCAUUACCCACGCACCACCAUUGUGCUGGAAGAUAACCGAGCCUACGAUCCCACACCAGAGCCUUCAACUGCGUCAGCUUUCGGCAAUCUAGCGCUCAUGUCGAAUAGUCGCGACAAGUAGAGAAAGAAGUCUUCCGCUUUCUACUCCCCAUACUGAACCUGGCUUACAAGUUUUUAAAUUCAUUGUAUAAUUGUUAUUUAAUUUAAACAUUGACUGAAAUAAUGACAA